ACAACUUUAGCGGGCAUCUUGGUUGUGAAGGGAAUAUUGCCACUUGGCCUAUUAAAGAAUGAUGAGUCAGCUGUCACACAAACAAGAGCAAAACCGAGAGAGAGCAACACCACUACAUGCCUAACAGAUUCCCAACAGUUUUGAUCAUUACGUUUGUGCUGCACAUAUGCUUGAGGGCACUUUUGUAUAUUCCAUCUGUAAUAUUGUAUAUUCCUUUUUUCCUUUUUCCUCUUGUAUAUAUAGGCUACUGUACAUUUGCUCAGAUUACUUUUUCAGAAAAGGAAAUAACAGAGUAACUUUUUUUCAUCUCUUUCACUACUCUGCUGCAUUUUUCUUCCAGCAAACCAGACCUUUACACAUUCUAUCAUGGCAUCGGAGAGCCAGGUUGAAACUCCAACUCUCAACCUCACUGAUCUCAGCAAUCCAAACAACCCAUACCGUCUAGAUUAUGGGUCUCCAUAAUCUAGAUUGUGUGAUCCAAUUUCUGAUGGGUCUCCAUGACUCGUUUACAAAUGUUCGUGACCAGAUUAUGUUAAUUGAUCCUCUACCACCUGUCAACAAGGUAUUUUCCUACAUUCAACAACAAGAACGUCAUCAUCUCACCUCCGCUGCUCCUCCAGUUGAGACCAUUGCAUUGGCUGCACGUCGACCAUCUCAACCUUUUCCCAAGCGUGACAAGCCAUACUGCACCCAUUGUAAAAUCACAGGCCAUACUUUGGCCCAAUGCUUCAAGUCUGGAAAUGCUACAGCCCCUGUUUGUACUCACUGUGAGAUGACUGGACACACAGUUGAGCGUUGCUACAAGCUUCACGGCUAUCCCCCUGGACACAAGUAUUACAAGUCACGCCUCAAUGUUGUCUCCAUGGACAAUCAUUCUCCAGCAACAAUCACUGAUCCAAGCAAGAUGUUGACUAAAGAGCAAUAUCAAGAGAUUAUAGCCUUGCUGCACAAGACAAACUUGACUACUUCUCCAUCUGCAAACCAACUUCAACUUAUUCCUCCAGCUCAAGCCCCCAUUUCAUCCGCUGCUGGGCCUUUCUCCCUGGACAACGAUUGGGAAGGGUAGCUUGCUACAUGGUCUCUAUCACCUCCACACUGAAGAUGUUUCACCUCAAACUUUAGCUCAUAGUUUUUCUCAGCAUUUUACAAAUCAAAAUUCUAUUUCAGCCUCUGUACAACCUCUCGACAGUGCUCAUUAUUUAUGGCACUGUCGACUGGGUCACCCUUCCCAUUCUCGCAUGUUACACAUACAAGAUACUAAUGUAACUACUCAUAUGAAUAUCAAUGAAAAUUUUCCUUGUCUUA